GAAUAGAUUCCAAACAAAUGUACGUAAUCACUUCUCGUCAAGUUGCACAAACCCUCAAAACGCUUUUCUUGAAUUUUCUUCUAUAAAUUCUAUCACCGUAAACCAUUCAGACCUCCCCUUCUCUCUUCUCCCUCGUUCAAAGAUUUCUCCUUCCUUCUUCUUGUUCUUCUCCUUGUUUAGUUCUUCUAAGAUCUCAGCUUUUGUGAGAUUAAUUUAUCAAAACACAUUAGAACAAAACCAUUGAUGCUUAACCAGCAGUUCUUGGUCAUUGAGACACAUGUCUCCGAUCAUACUCAGUGAGAUCUUCCUCUCUGGGUUUAUGCUAAACUCCACAAUCAGGCGCAGGACCCACCUCGUUCAAUCUUUCUCUGUUGUCUUCCUUUACUGGCUUUACUACGUCUCUUAGUUUCUCAUAAUAACUAAUCUCCAGCUUUAUUCUUCCAUUAUAUAUUUAUAUUACUCGUAAUCAAAACCCUAGGUUUUAAAGUCUUUCUUUUGUUUCUUGUUCGUUACGUCAUCGAUCUGGGUCCUGUCCUGCUUCACUCUCUUCCCAUAAAGAAGAAGGGUUUCUUUGUUUGUUUGCUUGUUUGUUUGUGUGUUUACUUUAUGGAUCCGUCGUCGUCGGGAUCGGAAGAGAGUCUCAUGGAGCAGAGGAAGAGGAAGAGGAUGCUCUCGAACCGUGAAUCAGCGAGGAGAUCGAGGAUGAAGAAACAGAAGCUCCUCGACGAUCUAACGGCUCAGGUGAACCAGCUUAAAGAACAGAACAACGAGAUCUUGACAAGUGUCAGCAUCACGACGCAGCACUACUUAACCGUCGAAGCAGAGAACUCUGUUCUCAAAGCUCAGCUUGAUGAGCUCAGCCACAGGCUUGAAUCUCUCAACGGCAUCAUCGAGUUCCUCGAGAGCACCAACGGGACUUGUCCGAACCCUCUGACUGGUCCAGAGCCUGAUGAUUUUCUCGUGAACCAGAUGAAUAUGAACAUGUUUUGUAUGAACCAGCCUCUCAUGGCGUCUUCGGAUGCGUUACUGUAUUAGAAAUGUGGUCCAGAAAACCUCGAAAUUACAAAUGGGGCCGUUUCUUUUGUCUGAUUUUAAUAUACGUCCAAAGAGAGAUAUAUGAAAAAAAAUCUAUUAGUGGGGUUACGUUGUUUGAUUGUGCUUUGUUCCGUCUUUGUCUCUAUGUAUUAAAAGCAUCCUUGUUAUGAGUGUUUGUAAUAAAGGCUCUGUUGGCAUGAGUACAAAGUGUUUUCUUAAUAUUUUAGUAUGCU